GGCUGUUCAGCCUGAUUAGACCAGCUCACAGCAGAUCCUCAGCCCAGCACACACACUGAACUCCUGCAGCAGAGCGGAGCCACGAACUGGCACAUGCAGCAUGUUGCAGUGAUUACAGAGCGGGACAGACAGGACAACAAAAAAGGGAAGAGUUUAACGUUCUAGUGUGUCAGGGUUAGUACAGGUGGCUGCAGAAAGACUUUUAUCCCAGCUUCUGGAUGUCUCUGUUGUUUGCGGUGGAACAUUUCUAGAAGCCAGGUGAUUGAAAGCCAGAGGAACUGAAAUAAUUCUGUUUAGAGGGGACAUUGAGGACCUAAGUGAGCCGUCGGUUGAUGGAGUUUGUGCGGCAGAGUGGUGAUUACUGCCACGCUCAACACAUUUAGACCGUGUCUGGGAUGAGGCUGCGCCAUGCAGUCUUGGGGCCAUGAACCCUGAAAGAGCACUAUCAUUUGCCUUAUGAACCAGCCAGCCCAUGGGGUAACAAGCGGAGUCUCAACACUGAAAGCUGAACGGAGAGAAAAGGAAAGAAAGAGAGACUGAGAGAGACAAAAGAAAGAAACAAUCAGUGACAAUCACAAACAUAAAAAAGCAAGACUGACACAGUAUAGCCUCCUGGACUAUAGGACACAGUCAGCAGAUGGGAUAACAUUCUGGACAACACAUCCUCAGAACUGGGAAUAUACAUCAAGUAGUUUAAAACAGACAGAAGAUCCAUAACCUGGAGAUUUAAGUUAAAGACAGCUACUAACUGCCACAGCUAGAGCUACAGGUCAGAGGUCCUCCUGCAGAGUCAAAGGUUAAACAAUCCACCAUGAACCGUCCUGCUCCUGUGGAACUGUGCCACAAGAACAUGAGAUUUCUCAUCACACACAACCCCACAGACAGCACACUCAACUCCUUCAUAGAGGUCUUAAAACGGUACGGAGUCACAACUGUGGUGCGUGUUUGCGAAAGCACCUAUGACAAAACAUCUCUUGAGCAAGAUGGCAUCACUGUAGUGGACUGGCCCUUUGAUGAUGGAGCCUCGCCGCCUAGCAAGCUGGUUGAAGAUUGGCUGGCUUUGUUGAAGAAGAAGUUUCAGGAGGACCCUGGAUGCUGUGUGGCUGUUCAUUGUGUAGCUGGCUUGGGAAGGGCUCCUGUGCUGGUGGCUUUAGCUCUGAUAGAAAGCGGGAUGAAGUAUGAGGAUGCCAUUCAGCUCAUCAGACAGAAGCGUCGAGGAGCCAUCAAUAGCAAACAGCUGACCUACUUGGAGAAAUAUCGAUCGAAACAGAGACUUCGUUUCAAAGACCCUCACACGCACAAGAACAAGUGUUGUACCAUGUGAAAAAAAACCUUUUACACUCUCUCUGACACACAGAAACACUGUAAGACUACUUGUUCCCCUAAAAAAAUGUCUCAGGAAUCCAGCUGUACAGGCCUCAGAGUGACUACACCGCCCCCUCCUGCAAAUGUUGUUAUAGCCUUUUUUUUUCUCUUCUUAUUGAUUUCACAUCUGUUGAUGAAUUGCUUAAUUUUGUGGCUUAUAGAGAAUAAAAGUGAAAAAUAAAUAAUAUAAAUGUAAUAAUAUAAGUCGGAAUUAAAUGUUUGUACCUGUAGAUAAUGAGGACAUGAGAUUAAUGAUAGGCCUAUCAUCAAACCCAGAGUUAUUUUCUUCUGUUAAGCUGAUUAAAAGUUGUGGGCUUUGUUGUAUUUGUUGUAUUUUUUGCUUCAUGGCUAAUGACUGCUGCUCAACACCUAAAACCUCACUAUGUUAAAAUAUCAAUGCAAACAAGAUGAUGAGUGCAUUCAGUAGUUUUGUAAUUUGGAUAAAAUCAGAGAUAAAUCUUAUAUCAUCUGCUCAGUUUUAAAAAGAGACUAAUUUUGUCUAUAAAUAAUUAAUAUUUGGGUUAUGUUUACUUAACUUGCAUUUUUUCUGAAUGAUGCAUGUGCGCCACUUUUUUAGACACUUUAUUUAGGCAAAGCCAUUUUUGGUUGAUAACACUGCAUGGACUUUUUAUAUGUAAUUAGUUUGUCCAUGACCUGAAAAUAAUUCUAAUGCUUGUUGAAACAAUGUUUGAUGAAACAAACUAGAGAACGAAAUGCAAAAUCAGAUUAUGUCAAGAUCAUUCAGUUGAUGUGUGUGCACAUUUUGGUUUUUUUGCCUGAAUUUUAUGUGAUAGAAUAAAAAAUAAACAAAAAACUAACAAGGAAAAAACUGUAAAUGUUGGUAUUCAAAAUGUUGUACAUUUUUUGCAAUGGUUAAUAAAGAUUUUGCCAACA